AUGAGCCUCCUGUUCCUGCUAGUGAGCAGCAUUCUGUUUGCCUUCAUGUUUGUCUUCUGGAAAACCUGGUUUCAGAGAAACACUGGUGAAAUGUCAUCAAAUUCAACUUCUGUUGCACUAGUAAGAUCAUACUCUUCUACUCAGUCAACUAAGAGCAAUACUGAUAAGAGUCUUUCGGUCAACAAUCUCUCUCGGGAUAUCUUAAUUAAUUUCCCACACUCAAUAGCCAUGCAGAAGCGAAUAUUGGUAAACCUCAGGAUCGUGGAAUACAAGCUGGUUGAACUGGAACAAUUCCUAGUUACUAAGGGUUUAAAUGGUGCAUUAGUUAACCGGAAGUCCACUGACAAGCCUACAGAAUGUAAUAACAAUUGA